AAUGUCCUGUAUGUCCUGAGUGCUUCCAACAACCUCAUAUCAAUCACGAGAUUGGAUAAAGAGGGAGGAAAUGCGCUAAUGGGAGAUGGUAAAGUCACCUUGAGUGUAAAAGGAGGACGUACCAUAGUGAAAGGUCAUAUGACCAAUGGCCUAUAUAAGUUAGAUACUCGAGCUCAAAUAAAUCCAAAGACUCGAGUACAAACUGCGCAAGAGAGACUGAAAACCGAUUGGAUGACAUGGCAU